AUGUCUACUGCAAAUGAAGCUGGCUACGCAAUAACACGCAUACCGGUCAGUGUACGCGGUUUCGCCCUGCUUGCACUGAGUUUCCAGACUCUCGGUAUCAUUUAUUCCGACAUCGGGACGUCUCCCCUCUAUGUUCUUAAUGGUUUAUGGCCCUCUGAUGGCCCUGUGCCUUCGGAAGAAGAUGUUAUUGGUGGUAUCAGUGCCAUUAUCUGGUCAUUGACCCUUUUACCAUUGUUGAAAUAUGUUAUAAUAUCUCUACGUUUUGGCACUCAUGAAGGCGAGGGAGGAACGUUUGCCUUGUAUCAAGGAUUAUAUCCUCCCGCCGAAAAAGAUUUUGAUGCCGAUCGCACUCUCACUGGCUUCAGCUUCACCCACUCUUUGCACGACAAUGUACCCACUAUCUCAAAGUCGCUCCGUUGGCCUCUGCUUGCGUGGUCGCUUCUAGGAACCAGCUUGACGUUGUCCGAUGGUAUUUUCACCCCUGCAGUUUCCGUGACCAGUGCUGUAUCUGGAAUCGCGGUAGCGAAGCCCUCUGUAUCGCAUGACGUCGUCCCUAUCUCCAUUGCUUUCCUAGUCGUGCUGUUUCUUGUGCAAUUCCGAGGUACCGCAUGGCUGGCCACUCUCUUCGCUCCUAUUACUUUCCUAUGGUUGUCUCUCCUCGCUGGAACUGGCAUCGCGAAUAUCGUUCAUCAUCCCGGAGUAUUCAGAGCUUUCGAUCCAUCUCGGGCAAUCAUGCUAUUUGUGCGCACGAAGAAGUACGACCUUUUGAGUGGAGUUUUGCUGGCUGUUACCGGAUGCGAAGCACUGUUUGCCAACUUGGGACAGUUCAACGCGGCAUCUAUCCAGAUCUCAUUUAGCUGCUUCGUUUAUCCUUGUCUCUUACUGGCCUAUCUGGGGCAAGGUGCACGUUUGAUCGCAGACGGCGAAGCCGUUCUGCCGAACAUAUUCUACAACACUAUUCCUGGCCCUUCCAAGGGUGCCCUCUUCUGGAUUAUCUAUGUUUUCGCUAUAUUGGCAACACUCAUCGCUUCUCAAGCACUCAUCACUGCGACCUUCAGCCUUGUCCAGCAACUCAUUCAUAUGCAUAGUUUACCCCAGCUUCGCAUGGUCUAUACCUCGUCUACUAUUCAAGGCCAGGUGUACAUUCCUAUUGUUAAUUAUGGCCUGAUGGUCUUGGUAAUCAUCAUGGUCGCGACGUUUAAGAACGACACUUCGCUCACGAAUGCUUAUGGAUUUGCGGUUGCAACUGUAAUGUUUGUCACUACAGUUUUGAUUGCUUUUCAGAUGAAAUUCGUCAAGAGGCUGCCGCUCGUAGUAGUUGUCGCCUUUUUCCUGUUCUUUGGUUUCUUAGAUGGGCUCUUCUGGGGAGCGGCCCUCAGAAAGGUGCCGCACGGUGCAUGGGUUCCGUUAAUGAUUGGCUUGAUUCUCACGAUCUUCAUGCUUUUUUGGACUUGGGCUAGGGGCCUUGAAGAGAAGUUCGAUAAAUCCAACCGUGUGAACUUGCGCUACUUCAUUAUGUCUACGCAGGAAGACGAGCAGCCACGAGUACACAAGCUCGAGCAGAGUGCGGCGUACGAGAAUACUACCACAGAGGAUGUGAAUGCAAUGAGCGAUGAGAGUGGGACAAUCGAAGAGAGAGAGGACGAUCACGAACUCGAGACGAUGAAGCCGCCAGUAUAUUAUAUCAUGGAUCCCGACGGAACUCCUACUUCAGUCAAGGAUCGCCGCGAGCUCCCGCGGAUCCCGUCGUGUGCUAUCUUCCAUAAAUUCACCAUGGGCAAGGGUGUUCCCCAUUCAUUCGUUGGCUUUAUUCGUCAAUGGCCAGCCCUGCCCCGAGUUGUGAUCUUUCUGUCGGUCCGUGUCCUUCCCACCCCUACAAUUGCACCGGAGGAGCGCUAUGCUGUCACGAAAGUACGCUCUAUACAAGGCUUCUAUGGUGUCACAUACUUCCUCGGCUUCCGAGACGAUUUCGACGCAAAGGUUUCAGAGAUAGUGGACCGCAUCUGUGCGCUUGAAAUACGCGCCGAUCCCCAAACUUCUGCGUCCACUGUGGCCGAACUCCGGGAGAUUUCCACGAACUACACUCACAUUGUACCGCAUUACCAUGUCCUCAGCAAGCACAUGAAGGCGGGUAAACUAUCCGUCAUCGCGAACUGGUUCCGCAGGAUCUUGAUCGAGGACUUUUAUCGCUCUCUGGUCACGAUGUUUCCCGAGACAGAGAACUGGAUUACGUCUGGCGAAGAGAUUAUUCGCCUGCGCGUCGACUCCUCGUCGAGGAGCUCGUCAACCUGCGCAGCGAGCAGUACCUCCUCGACCAUGGCCCCUCAUCAUAGAACGGCAAUAUUACUGUGGACAGUGCUAUCUGUGCUGUAUUUGUUACCCGUUUAUGCUCAGCAGCCGGAGUCUGCUGUAUCUUAUUUCCAAAAUCUGCCUGCUAGACUGUUCUUUUUCGAUGACACACCGUCUCUGAUAUACCAUGACAUCGUGGAAGGCAACGUAUAUGUUUCACAGGACGAGGGCAAGUCAUGGCGGCAAGCGGAAGGCUUGCCUGCCGGAGAGGCUACGAUGGUAAUCGAACACCCCUUCGAUAGGAAUUACGCGUUUGUUCUCACCAAGGGCACGACCCACUAUCGGACCCAAAACCGAGGGCAGACUUGGCAGGCAUUCUCAAUGCCCAUCUCACCUGCGCUGGUGGGGAGGCCUUUGUCAUUUCAUUCCGAUCCCGCCAAGUUCGGCUACAUCCUCUACCAGGGCACGAAGUGUGACCGUUCCGGCGGGUGGGGGGGCGUAUGUCAUGACGAGACAUAUUACACGAAGGAUGCAUUCAGUGACGAGCCGAAACUGUUGCUUCUGGAGACGUCACGCUGCCAAUUUGCGCAUAGUAGCAAGGAUUUCAAGCACGAUGCGCACCCUGACUUGAUCUACUGUGUAGCAUACGACUCUAGUACGUCGACGGGAAGUCACUCGCUGUCGUCAAGCCGGCUGUUCUCUUCGACGGACUUCUUCGAAAGCGAGAUGAAGGUGGAGGAGCUCGGGAUCGGAAAGAAUGCGCGGGGCGUUCUGGCAUUCGCGCUGGUGUCCAAGUUCGCGGUGGUAGCUCUGAAGGAUCUGUCGCCCGGGAAUAACAACGAGAUGCUGCUCUACGUGUCGGUGGACACGAGAACGUGGGCGAAGGCGCGAUUCCCGCAUGCGUCUAGUGCACGGCUCAGGGAGAACGCGUACACUAUUGUCGAGUCAACGACGCACUCGCUUGCCGUGGAUGUGCUGCUCCAGGAUCAGAGCACUAUUGGUACGCUCUUUGUGAGCAACUCUAAUGGCACCUUCUUCGUGGAGAGUUUGAAGGACACGAAUCGCAAUGAGAUGGGUUUCGUUGACUAUGAGAACUUGUACGGGAUUGAGGGCGUUGGGUUGGCCAACAUUGUAUCGAACGCCGAAGAAGUCGAGGGAAGGAAUGCACCGAAGCGUCUGCGAACCAAGAUUACUUUUGAUGAUGGCCGCACGUGGUCCCGCCUUAUGCCACCUUCGUAUGACAACGAGGGCCGUCGCAUACAGUGCAACCCCGCGGACGAUAGCUGCUCGCUCCACCUCCAUUCAGUGACCAUCCCGCAUAAUUUUGGACGCGUGUUCUCCUCGCCAGCUCCAGGAUUCGUGAUGGGUGUUGGUUCAAUUGGUCCAUCACUGCUACCCUACGAAGAAUGCGAUACUUUCCUAAGUACAGAUGCUGGCGUUACGUGGAAGAUGGUUCGCAGAGAUGCUCACAAGUAUGAGUUUGGAGACCAGGGAAGUAUUAUCGUCGUUGUCAACGACGAAGACAGCGUAGACUCGAUCAGCUACUCGAAUGAUCUCGGUCAGUCGUGGCAAACAUAUAACCUUGGCGUCAGUAUGCGCGCAAGGAUACUCACCACCGUUCCCGACUCGACGUCACAAAAGUUCGUAUUGGUCGGUCAAAUUGCUAAGAAAGAUCAGAAGCAGGGGCAAGGGCGCUAUGCGGUAACCUUUCUUGACUUCGCUGCGAUGCGCCCUCGCAAGUGCGGCGACGAUGACUUCGAGCCGUGGUAUGCGCGAUCUGCAAGCUAUGAGUGUUUGAUGGGUCACAAGCAAUGGUACAAACGACGAAAACCUGACGCUAAUUGCUACGUCGGUGACAAGUUCACCGACCCAGUGGGCCACGAGGAGAAUUGCCCUUGUUCCGACGAGGAUUACGAAUGUGACUACAACUAUGUGCGACAGGGUGAUCAGUGUGUCCCAGUUGGACCAGAGCCCAUUCCAGCCGGCGUUUGUUCGUCAGGUGACCCCACCCAGACGUAUUGGGGAUCAUCUGGCUACCGACUCAUCCCUGGAAAUACGUGCGACAGAGACAGAGGAACCAAAAAAGAUGAUCCGAUUCAAAAAUCGUGCUCUCAAGCACAACCUGAGGAAGGAGAGAUUACCCACCAGAUAUUCGAUUUCCCUGCCGAAAUCACACAAUUUGCAUACUUCAAGCAUUCCACGACCAUUCUCGUCCGUCUCCGUGAUGGCAGCAUCUGGCAGUCUGGCAAUGAAGGUUAUACAUGGCAGCAACUACAUCCGGAGGAGAGCUUCGCGGCAUUCUACCACCACCCAUACAGCGAUGACCGAGCUUAUCUCAUUACCAAUACUCGAAAGUAUUACUACACCACGGAUACUGGCCGCACCUGGUAUGCUCUCGAAGCGCCUACGCCACCGAACAGUUUCAGCUUGCAGGUCAUGCACUUCCAUCCAACGAAGUCGGACUAUCUCAUCUGGAACGGCGAUGAUGGGUGUGCAGGCUUUGGCGAGAAUUGUCAUGUUGAGGCACACUACUCCAGGGACAACGGGCGCAAUUGGGUCCUCAUUGAUACCUAUGUCCACAAUUGUGCCUGGGCACGGGAUGCAGAACUCCGCGUAGAUCCUAACCAGAUCAUUUGCGAGUCUUAUAAGGUAAAGCAGGGCUCGCAAAGGGCCUUCGGGAUGAACAACCCGCUGGAGUUGAUCGGAGGUACGGAUUUCUUCAACAAGAAAACGAAACUAUUCGACCAUGUGGUCGGCUUCGCGAAGUUCGCCGAGUUCCUAAUUGUUGCGGAGUAUCUGGCAGACAGACAGUCGUUGGAGCUACAGGUAUCGAUGGACGGCAGAACGUUUGCCACUGGCAUGUUCCCUCCAUCUCUGCGGCCUGAUCAGCAUGCCUACACCAUUCUCGAGUCGAGCACAAACGCAAUCUUUCUACAUGUUACCGUCUCGGAACCGCCAAAUCCAUGGUGGGGCAAUAUCCUCAAAUCUAACUCGAACGGGACAUACUUCGGUCUCUCUAUUGAUAAUGUGAACCGCAACGAUAACGGCUACGUAGAUUUCGAGAAAAUGAUUGGCCUGGAUGGUAUUGCUCUCAUCAACGUGAUCUCGAAUCCCCACGAGGCCACCCUAACAGGACACAAGGAACUUCAAAGUAGAAUCACCCACAACGAUGGCGGUACAUGGAAACGGCUUACGCCUCCGCCUAAGGAUUCCCAAGGAAAUCCAUAUGCUUGUGACACCACAGCCUGUGCUCUCCAUAUCCAUGGAUACACUGAACGCUUCGACUCCCGUGCGACGUACAGUACACCCUCCGUGCCGGGCCUUCUGAUGGCUGUGGGUAACGUUGGAGAGAAGUUAGCUGAGUACACCGCAAGUGACACGUUCCUGAGUCGCAACGCAGGCUUCACAUGGGAGGAGGUCCACAAAGACGCUCAUCUGUGGGAAUUUGGAGAUUCGGGUUCAAUUCUCGUUAUGGCGAACGACGAGGAGCCAGUCAACUACGUGCUAUUCAGCACGGAUGAAGGCCUUACGUGGCGUGAGUAUUCAUUUGGCGGAGAGCAGGUGCGCGUAAAGGCCAUCGUGACCGUCCCCGAGGACACGAGUCGCCGUUUCAUUCUUUUGGGUUUCUAUCCCCGCUCCCCUUCCAUCGCCGUCGCCGUGCAUCUUGAUUUCACGUCGCUGACACGCAAGCAAUGUCAAUUGAACGUGGAGGAUCCUGGACACGAUGACUUUGAACUGUGGAGUCCUAGUGAACAGCGGUCAGAACUUUGCCUAUUUGGUCGUAGGACAUUGUACCACCGUCGCGUUCGCAAUGUGGAGUGCGUUGUGGGCGAUCAACCCAAAGCUGAAGAAAGGGUGGUAGAAAACUGCCCGUGCACUGAGGUUGACUUUGAAUGCGAAUUCAAUUAUUACAAGAACGAUGCCGGCGAGUGUGUACUCUUUCCGGGCGAACAGCCCCUUGCAGAUGACGAUUCCUGCCGGAAUGGGGAGGAAUACUGGUAUGAGCGCACCCCUUACCGCAAAAUUCGCUACUCGAGUUGCGAAAACGGACUCCGUCUGGAUCGCGGUGCGGAACACGUCUGUCCGGGCGUCAGAGCGCACGGCGCGUUCUUCUGGAUCAUGGUUUUAGUGGUGCCGUUCAUGUUUGCCGGGCUUGCGGGCUGGUGGUACUACCGUCGGUCGAGAGGGGCUAUCCGACUUCCGGGUGGCGACAGCGGCUUGCGGCGGUACUCGAACGACUCGGGCGUGCUUGCGACGCUUGCGUCGGUGCCGUGGUUCCUCAUUGGGGUCGCUGGCAUCGCGUGGGAGUGGGUGGCGUCGACGAUCGAGAGCGCGACGCUGCCGAUGCGGUCGCGCGGUGGGUACCGCACGGUGCCUGUGGACGAGGAUGCCCAGAUCCUCCGGUUCGAGGACGAGGAAUGA